ACCGUCCUUCCUCCCAACAAAAAAACUAUUACUCCAUUUAUAGUAAAAUAGGAAAAAAUAAAAUAAAAUAAAAUAAAAAGAAAGAAAGAAUCCCGGCGGGGGCGCAGCGGAAGCGGAAGCGGAAGGAGUGAGAGUCGAGGGAAAUGUGCUGGGCGCUGGGCUGUGGCGCGGAGGAGAAGGUGGUGGGCACGCACAAGGCGCCCGGGAGCUGCCCCUUCUGCGGCGGCGCGGUGGAGGCCACCGACGUCGAGAAGGCCAUCCGCUUCUGCUUCCUGCCGAUGUGCCUGAAGACGAUCCGCAGGUACUCGUGCUCCGCCUGCUCCCGCCGCCUCGUCACCCAUCCCUAGCCGCCGCCGCCACCAACACCUCCUCGUCCUCGUGCUUAAUGUACGUAAUUCUCUGUGCGUCGAUUUCCUCUUCUGUCAAAAUCUAAAUUCGACUGUUGUUAGUUGCUCUGCUCUGCUGAUUAAGAUUUAAGCCUCAAGGAGAGGUGCUUCGUUGAUCUUCAUAUGUUUGUUUUCCCCUUUUCUUUAAUUAUAUCGGAUGAGGAAAUGGAACUGAAA